GGCAUAGGUGGCGUUGCGAUCACAUUGGUUGUUUGUUUACACUUCCGCCUUGGCGGACGAUGGAAAAAUACUGUUCUCUUUCCCUCGUUGAGUUGCGGAAUGAAUUAAAGAAGAGACAUGCUAAAGUGUCAGGGAGGAAGAAAGAAUUAAUUGAACGAUUGGAAGCCUAUGAAAGAAACUUUAAUUUUGGAAAAUGUGACAACCCUGUUUCGUCAGAAUAUGUAAUGAAAUUGCCAGAUGCUAUGGUGUACAAAGAUUUAAAUAGUGACAGAAAAUUUGCAAAAGUGGAGGUCGAUGAUCUUAAAUUGUACUUGGGAUUGUUUGAAAAGAAGCUUGAUCAAACACCCAUUAACCUCUAUAAAGAAAAAUACUUGUGUUACAUGAGAUUAUUCAAAAGUGACGAAGAAAGUUGUUAUUAUUUAAAAAGUGGAUGUAGAGCUGAAAUGAAAAAAUCUGUUGUGUACACAGUUGAUGUUUGUAUAAGUUCUGACGGACAGAUUUUAGAAGCACAAUGUGAAUGUGGGGCAGGUAUGGGCCCAAAUGCUCACUGUAAACAUGUUGCUGCAGUUAUAUAUGGGGCUCAUGUAUUUUCUAGUAAAGGUUCUGUAUUAGUGGAAAAUACAUGUACUGAAAAGUUACAAUCAUUUCACAAAGUGAAAAAAAUACACUGGCUCUCCAGCAAAAGCAAAGGAUAUAAAUAUUCCAGGAGCUGAUGAAAGCACAAAUAUUUCUUAUGAACCUCGUAAACCAGAAUUUAUAAACAGUUCUUCGUAUGAAGCAUUUUUUAGAAAUUCAUGUAUUAACUUUGCCGCAAUUUCCUUUUCUUGCAUGCCAAUAAAUCAACUUUUUGAACCUUGCAACAUAAGAGCUUUAGCUCAUGAUCAUGAUUAUCUACAGAAAUGUCCUGAAGAUAUCUUUUUAAAUCAAUUUGGGCUUAUAACUAUGAAUGAUGAACAUAUUUCAAGAAAUGAACAACAGACACGAGGACAACAGGCCAAUAAACAAUGGCAUAUAGAGAGACAAAAACGACUGCAGUCCUCUAAUUUUGGGAGAAUUUGUAAACUUACUGAUAGGUCAGACCCAGAAAAAGUAGCUUUGGAAAUUAUUGAUCCAAAAAUAUUCAAGUCUAAAGCAACAGAAUAUGGUAAGAGAUAUGAAAACAUUGCUAUCAAAGAAUAUGAAAGAGAAACUGAAUGCAGUGUUACAGAUUGUGGUAUUUUUGUUUCUAAGCAUUUGCCAUUUCUUGGAUCCUCACCUGAUGGAGUAGUAUCAGAUAAGGUUAUAGUUGAAGUAAAGUGUCCGUUUUCUGCAAGAGACAAGAUCGUAUCUGCAAGUACAGUGCCUUAUCUUUCUAUAACUGAUGACAUUUUGCAUCUCAAUCAUAAUCACAAUUACUAUUAUCAGGUUCAGGGUCAGCUAUACUGUUCAAAUCGCCUUUAUUGUGAUUUUAUUGUAUAUACUCUUUGUGACAGUAAAUGUUUUCGUAUAAUGAAAGAUGAUGCAUUUAUAGCUCAAAUGCUCAGCAAGCUACAUGAAUUUUACACCAGGUACUUUAAACCAGCAAUUCUAAAAAAAAUACUUCUAUAAAGAGGUAUAGUUCCACAUUAUUAAAAGCAUGUGCACUCUUGUCCUUCAGUUUUGUUUGCAACAGAGAUGUAGACCUUUUUACACCUGAACACACAUAUCUUUAUAUUUAUACGCCCUUUACGGGACGUAUUAUGGUAUACCGUUGAUCGUCUGUCCGUCGUCAACAUGUUGGACAUAAACUCAAAAAAGCUUAAACCAAUAUGCAUGAAACUUUGAUGAAUUGUUUAUUCCCUUUUGGAUUUUUAUAAGUUUUAGAUUUAAUGUUUCCGAGUUACAUGGUUUUUGUCGAGCCUGCGACUUUUGUCGCAGAAAGCUCGACAUAGCCAUAGGGAUAGUGAUCCG